GCCGCCCGAGCAUGGACGAUCCCGACUGCGACUCGACCUGGGAGGACGACGAGGAGGAUGGCGAGGGCCCGAGCGCCGGGGGCGACGACGAGGGCGAGGCGGGCGCCCCGGGAGACGCGGAGGACGAGGACGAGGAGGAGGAGGAGGAGGCGCGGCCCAGCGCGCUGCAGUCUAGGAUGACGGGGUCCCGAAACUGGAGAGCCAUGCAGGACACACGCAGGUACCGGCACCACUACCCGGAUUUGAUGGAACGGGACAGCAACGGUGACAUGCCAAACCUGAGUUUCUACAGAAAUGAGAUCCGAUUCCAGCCCAACGGCUGUUUCAUUGAGGAUAUUCUUCAGAACUGGAGGGACAACCAUGAGCUCCUGGAGGACAAUCAUUCCUACAUCCAGUGGCUGUUCCCUCUGCGAGAGCCCGGGGUGAACUGGCAUGCCAAGCCCCUCACACAGCGGGAGAUCGAGGCGUUUAAAAGCUCCGCGGAGGCCACGGAGCGGUUUGUGCAGGCCUACAAGCUCAUGCUGGGGUUCUACGGGAUUGAGCUCCAGGACCGGGACACGGGCAAGGUGCGCCGAGCAGAGGGCUACCAGAAGUGCUUCCAGAACCUCAACUGGCACAGCCACAACAACCUCCGCAUCACGCGCAUCCUCAAGUCGCUGGGCGAGCUGGGCCUGGAGCGCUACCAGGCGCCGCUGGUGCACUUCUUCCUGGAGGAGACGCUGGUGCACCGGCAGCUGCCGAGCGUGCGGCAGAGCGCGCUGGACUACUUCGUGUUCACCGUGCGCUGCCCGCGCCAGCGCCGCGCGCUGCUGCGCUUCGCCUGGGAGCACUUCCGGCCGCGCAGCAAGUUCGUCUGGGGGCCCCCGGACAAGCUGCGGAGGCUCCGGCUGCACUCGCCGCCCCGCCCCCCCUUGCCGGGCCCCAGGCAGGCCGAGGGGGAGGAGAGCCCCGGGGACCCCUUCCUCCAGGCCGGCGCCCAGGGGCGGACCUGCGGACCGGAGACGGAGACGGGCGAGGGUGGGGACGCACCGGCCGCUGGGUCCCAGCUGCCAAGCGCUGAGCCCCAGGAGCGGGACCCUGGAGAGGAGGCUGGGAGCCAAGGGGAGGAGGGGCCAGAGCCUUUGAGCCCCAAGGAGAGCAAGAAGCGGAAGCUGGAGGUGAACCGGCGGGAGCCGACCCCGGAGGAGCCAGGCCCCCAGAGCGCCUCGGAGGUGGAGAAGAUCGCUCUGAACCUGGAGGGCUGCGCCCUCAGCCAGGGCAGCCUCGGGGCGGGGGCCCAGGAAAUGAGCAGCCAGGAAUCCGGGGAGACCGAGCAGCCCUGUCCCCCGCCCCCAGGGGCCAAGGUGGCCGACGAGGUGAGGAAACGGAGGAAGGUGGACGAGAUGCUGGCCCCCACCUGGCCCCCUGCUCCCUUGGGGCACCCUGAGGCUGGACUGGACGAGAAUGGGGUGAAGGAGGAGGCAGAAGGCCAGGGGGUGCCGGAGCAGGAUGCCCCCGAAGGCCCGACCACUGCUGAACCUGCACUGAUCAAGAGGGCGGAGUCUGCGGAGAAGGCGGGGUCUGCGGAGAGGGCGGAGUCUGUGGAGGCGGGGGCUAUGGAGAGGGUGGGGUCUGCAGGGGAGGCGGGGCCUGUGGAGAGGGUGGGGUCUGCAGAGGAGGCGGGGCCUGUGGAGAGGGUGGGGUCUGCAGAGGAGGCGGGGCCUGUGGAGGCGGGGCUGGCUGCCAAACCCCAAACGCCUUAG